CACUCCUCUCUACUCAACCCACAAAAUGAGGUCAAUGGCCGUCCUCCGCCGCGCAGGUGCGCUGAUGCGCACCGCUGCGCCCGCCGCCCCCCUCGCGCAGCGCCCAUCAUUGCCCAAGUUCCGCGCCUUCUCCGCGACAACGGCCGCACGACACGGCGAGCUGACACGCCCUGCGCCGGGAACUGGCAUCAAGGUGACCUUUGCCGACUCGAAGGGAAACCCCAUCAAGACGGUCGAGGGUAACGAGGGCGACGACCUGCUGUCCCUCGCCCACGAGCACGAUGUGGACCUUGAGGGCGCUUGCGAGCGCUCCGUCGCCUGCUCCACUUGCCAUGUCAUCCUCGAGCCCGAGAUCUUCGACAAGCUCCCAGAGGCCGACGACGAGGAGAACGACAUGCUGGAUUUGGCAUUCGGCCUCGAGGAUACCUCUCGCCUAGGAUGCCAGGUCCUCCUCACCCGCGAGCUCGACGGCAUGACGGCCAAGCUCCCUGCCGCCACGCGCAACAUGUACGUUGACGGCGCAAAGGCCCGCACACACUAGAGAUCAGAGUGUCAGACGAUGGGGGACGACGACGGCGCCGCUGGGAGGACAACCACUCUGCUGCAGACCAACGAGUUACAUGCAUAUUUUCUUUGUAUCGCUCUCACACGCGAAUGGCGUGGACAGUACAAGUCACAUUGCUGCCAGAAGCCGAGAACAUGCUAAGACCAAAUCGAUAGAGACUGUUGCCGUCUCUCAACCCCCCUCCCCUGUCAACCUCGAGUGUGCUGAUUGAUGUACCCAUCUAUUCCGGGACGAUGCAGAAGUCGACGACCACAGCACACACUAUCGCCGGCCGUGUCCGACGGCCUGAGGCUGAGCGGCAGCAGCUGCAGCCCCGUCCUCCUCCUCUUCCUCCUCCUCCUCGGCAUCCUCGUCGUCCUCGUCG